AUGGCUAACGGAAGGCCCUCUUUGAAGUGUGCGAUUUGCGUUAAACACGGAGAUCCAGGCGCGCACACAGCCUUCGGGGUGAGGGGAGAGGGAGGUCGUGACUUGCAGGUAGGGAGCAUCCGCUCUCACUCCGCUUCCCGAGCCCACAAGCAGGCACUGAAGAACGAGGCGACUGCAGAGGCGGCCAAAGAGAAGCAGGCAACUCUAACUAGGGAGGCGCUCGCUGCCCGUGAUGCCGCGGAUGCAGUCCCAGAGUUACGCAUGGUCGACGAUGUGGUGCGUGCCUUCGCAGAGCACAUUGGACGCAGCAACGUGCAUUGCCAGAAGUUCAAGAACCUGCAGCAAAUCUUAUGUCAGACGAACUUGGAGGCGCAGGGAAUUCACUCCGUCCGCUGGCUGUCGGGGGGAGAGGCGGUGAAUUGGCUGCUUGAGGUACUCCCUGCAGCAAUCGUGGUGCUGAAGGAGUACAAAAAGGAGCUGUAUGAGGUGGUCACCUCGUUUAAGUUCCAUUGGCUGCUACAGUUCCUUGCAGAUGUUUUGUGGGAACUCAACCACCUCAACCAGCGCUUCCAGCAACGGCAGAUCGACGUCACCCUCGUGGCGCACAUCGUGCAGCAGACAAGGAUGCGCCUGAAAUCCCGCUACUUCAACAGGGAUCCUGGAAGCCACUUCGGAGCCGGGGAGAAAAUGCAACUGCCGGACUUCAUCAAGAAGCACCAGUCGAUGGACAAGCGGGAGAUGCGGGCGGAAGGCGUUGACGCUGACGGCAGUCCCGUCUCCUUUGUCUACACCCUGCACGAGCGGCCACUUCCUGGACACAACACGGAUGGAGAUGUGACAGCGUGCUUCGAGCUGUCGCUGAAGUUUGUACGAGUUGUGGACGCCGAGCUCGAGUGGCGCAUGCGCGACCUGCACCUGCUGGACGGUACGAAGCUGUUUCGCACAACUUCGUACAUUUUCGAUGAUGCCAAACGCAUAGAAGCAUUCAAGAAGUGGCUGGGCAAACUACACAAGCUGUACAACCACAAACUGCCAGCAUAG